AUGGGUUUACCAGUAAGACUCGCCAUUUCGGUAGCUGGUAUAUAUAUCGCGUUUCUAACCUGGAGUUUGGUUCACGAGCCUCUUACAACAAGACAAUGGCCGAAUUCUGGUCGUCGAUUUGAGUUUCCCAGCGUUGUGGCGCUUGUACAGGGUCUGAUUGCGAUCAUUGUGGGUAUGGUAUAUUUGAAGCGAUCUCACCCCACAUAUCGGACCAGGCAGUUUAUGCGAGACCAUGGGCAUGAACUGCUGUCUAUUUCGUUAAGCCAAAGCAUUUCGACCCCGCUUGCCAGUUAUUCACUCAAGCAUGUCGAUUUUCUGACGUACAUGCUCGCCAAGAGCUGUAAGUUGGUCCCGGUUCUUGUAGUGCACCUGUUGGUGUAUCGUACAAAUGUGGGCACGACUAAGACCGUUCUUGCUCUUAUCGUGACAUGUGGUGUGCUCAUUUUCAAUAUGGGUGGUGAUUCCUGCAAAUCCAAGCAAACAGUGCCAGGCUCCCCACUCUCCGGAGGUGUCAUUCUUCUAUUGGCAAGUUUGCUGCUCGACGGGUACACGAACGCAAGUCAAGACAGAAUGCUAAAACGCAAUCGAAGUGCGGGGAUAAGUCAGGCGAAAAAAAGCAUUACGGGUGCACAUCUCAUGGUGGGUCUCAAUAUUUGCAUUGUUCUAUGGAACGUUUUAUGCUUAGUCUUUUUGAGCCCAGACCAAUUCCAAAAUGCUGUCAAUAUGAUUUCAAAAGAUUCGGUAAUCAUAUACUACUUAGCGACAUAUGCUAUAUGCGGAGCGCUUGGACAAGUCUUCAUUUUUUUUACUUUGGAAAAUUAUGGCUCUCUUGUGCUCGUAACUGUGACAGUUACGCGGAAAAUGUUCUCCAUGAUCUUAAGCAUAGUCAUCUAUCGGCAUCAGGUUAGUAGACUGCAGUGGGUUGGCGUAGCAACGGUGUUUGGUGGAAUUGUAACCGAAGCAGCUUUGAAAAGGAAAUCUGCGCAGGAUGUCAAGAAAUUGAAAACUCAAUAG